AACUUGAUGGAUUUUCGGUCUGGGUUUCUUUUCUAGAUAAUCUCUCAUGAUUUGAUAUUUAUAUCGCAUAAUUGGCUUGAAAGUUUUAAAAUUUGGGAGGAGGGGGUUUCUUUAUAUACUUCUGUUAUAUUCUGUGAUUUCAUUCUUUAACAAACUUUUACUACGACAUAUUCAUUGCUAAUAAACAAUGGCCCUUCGAAACUACUUAUACGCCAAACACCAACAUGAUACAGAAAUAGACACCCUUAUAAACAGAGAUGCGGGAGUACCCCAGGGAAAUCCAACUGAUUCAAGAGGCCAUAUCGAUCGAUCCAACCGUAUCAAGGUUAACUACAACCAUACACGUCGUCGCAUACACCAUGCUCCUGCUCGAAAAAGCCCAGAUGCUCUGGUUGAAGAACUCACCUCGGAAGUUUCGGAUAUGAGCAUAGAGGAAGCUUCGUCAGAUCAGAUGCCAGAAAAGAAGAAAACAUGCAGGGCAGAAUGUAAUAGUUGUCAGUGCAAAAAAGAGGCUGCUGGUUUAGCUAACGGUUUUUCCACAAAUUCUCAUGGGCCUGCCAUUGAAGUCGAGGUAGGAGAAGGGGAAAUCGACUUUACUAAUUCUAUGUGAAAAUGCUAGCAUUUUAUCAAUAGGAACUUACAUUCAUUCACUUCAUGCCCUUUGAUAUGGCGUUACUUUAAUAAUUAGUAUGGCAAACUUGUUCUCUGGAGAAUAUUUAGAAAUUUAGAAAAAAGGGUAUAGAAAAUGGGAUAUAAACACCACAUAUGUUUGGUUGGUUAUAUAUUCUAAUCAUAAUUACAUAAAAAAUUUAAUAAUACAGAGUUAUAAACAUAAAAUUACAAAAUUU